ACUGCUGUUAAAAUGAGUGAAACUACAUCUACCAACAUUUCUGUGGCUCAAGCGAAUUCUACAGACAGUGCAAAUGCUGGAAUUUCGCGAUUCUCACAUUUGCAAGAACCUGCUUCCACCAAGAGGGUUUGUUUCUAUAAAAGUGGAGACCCGCAGUUCAAUGGAAUAAAGAUGGUUGUAUCCAAUCGAUCCUUCAAGACGUUUGAUGCCUUGUUAGACACCUUGUCUAAAAAAGUCCCUUUGCCUUUUGGUGUUAGGAAUAUUUCUACGCCCCGUGGAAUACAUCAUGUAACUUCCAUUAAUGAACUUGAAGAUGGAAAAUCUUAUAUUUGCUCCCAUCGUAAAAAGAUAAAGCCCAUCAACCUUGAUAGAGCAAGGAAAAAGCCCUUACUGUGGCAGAGCAGCCGGCCAAUUAGUGCUCGACAUCUUGCGGUUCAGUUAGCUCAACAAAAUGAAGUUGUACCAUUGCAAAGAAAGAACACUAUAGUGUUGGGGAGCUCAAAGAAAAUGAUCAUUUUCAAAAAUGGAGACCUUGGAUUUAAGCACCAUUUCAACCUCAACAAAAAGACUAAACAAAGCUUUGACUCCUUCUUGGAUCAGGUGGCGGAGGCAUUGCAGUACCCAGUGUUCAAGCUGUACAGCUCCGAUGGACGAAGGAUUCUUAGCAUCCGAGCUCUGUUGCUGAGUUCUGGAACAGUGGUGGCAGCAGGACGAGAAUCCUUCAUAUAUGCAAACUACGAACCGGGAAGGGAAUAUCUGCCUGUAAAACUACCGGGUAUUUCCAAACGGGUACACCCGAAACUGAGAUCCAAGCAAGAAAUGCAAAUUCCCCAGAAAAUGAAAUAAGCUUGACAGAGCACUGGCCAAAUUCUGGAGAAGAAUUACCAGUCAUUUCACCAGGAGAUAAUAUAGAGAAAUCAUUUCAUCUUAAUUCUGAUGGCACCAUGACAGUGGAAAUGAAAGUUCGAUUUAAGAUAAAAGAGGAAGAAACCAUUAAUUGGUCGACCACAGUAUGUCGGGCUGAUAUCUCAUGUUACGAAAGUAAGAUGUUCACUUCCUCUGUAGAACCAGCAGUUGAAGCUGUACUUGCAAGUGAUCAUUCCCUUAAGACAAUUUGCAAAGAUAAUGAAUAUGAAGAACCAGAAGAAAGCAGAUAUGAGUUAAGUGCAGAAAAAAAGCUGCUUACUAGGCAAGAUAUGCCUAGUAAUAUAGACAAAUUGUAUAGUCCUAAAAAAGAGAAAGCGCCAUUCUACAGACCCCCUACACCUGGGAUAAGAAAAGUUAGAAAGAACUCUAAGAUAAAACCUUCAGAAGGAAGCAUAGAAGAACCUCAGAUUGUUUGCAAUGAAAAAGCUGAUAAUCUCAGCAAUUGUAAAAAAGAGAUUUUAUUAGCUUCUGAAUGCGAACAUAACAAUUCUAACACAGGAUGCAUUUUGCCUGACAAUAAUGAGGAGCUCAUACAUGUUAAAGUAAGACAAGAUGCCUUUAAGCUAUUAGAAACCACCACUAUGAAACUGAUGCAGACAAAUAAUACAGUUGUGAGGCCACAUUCGGCAGGAAAGCAUGCACAAUACAAAGACAAUUUUAAAUUUAAAGAAAUAAAAAGAUCUGUAAGUGCUUCAGUGACAUUUUCAGAGCCAUCAACAUUCUCAAAAGAAACAUCACUCGAACUUGUAGCUACUCAAGAAGGUUUAUUAGAUUUAGCAUCCUCGAGUAAUGUUGUAACACAAAUGACAGUUGUUCCAUUUAGGAAGACCUCAGAUGAAGCAGAAAAUAUAGAAGUACAUUUUCCUACAGAACAAAAGAAAAAGAAAAA